UAAACACAACCACAUGUGAAUUUCAAAUAGUCAACUAGUCAGUGAUUUCCUCCCUUGAUCUUGCAGUAUGAGUAGCGACUCAAAUUUGGAUUUCGUUGGAGACAACCCCGGGGCAGUGCGUCACGGAAAUUUCAUCAAUUACUAUCAAUUCCACCCUGCGUCUGAACGAAUAGAGAAAUUACCUACUGACAUUUGGCGGUGCAGUCGAAACAAAGGAGAAAAGUUUGUGUGCCUCGACAUUGGCUGCAAUACAGGGGAUUUGACAGAGCAAGUUUUGAACUUCUUGAAAGAAAAUCUAACCACAGACGAUGGGAUGAAGCCUGAAAUUCAUAUGGUCGGAAUCGAUCUGGACCAAAACUUGAUCUCUAGAGCUAACGAAAAAUUUAAUUCAACUCGGGAUCUUGAAUUCCUCACAAUUGAUGCAGCUAAAGAGACUUUGGAUUCUUUGCUAAAAAUUGCACUAAGUCAUGAUGUGCCAAAAUUCGGAGCAGUUUUUCUCAUGUCAGUAACAAUGUGGGUUCAUUUGGUCAACGGAGACGAAGCGUUUCAAGAGUUCCUGAAAAAAAGCGGCGAUCUAACGGACAGGUGGUUGGUGAUCGAGUCGCAACCGUGGAAGUGCUACCGUAGUGCUCAGCGUCGCCUGGUUUCUUCCGGUGAAGCGGGAUUUGAAUUUUACUCAAAGUUAACAAUCAAGGGGGACAAAAUUCAACCAUUUGUGGAUAAAGUUUUGAGUGAGGAAUGUGGAAUGUCAAAAGUGUUUGAAACUGAUCCGUCCAAGUGGAACCGAACGAUUUGCAUUUAUAAAAAGAGAUAGAACUCGCAAAUGAAAAGAUUUGCAUUU